AUGUCCGGAGCCCCUCACCCCAUCUUCGCCCAGGAAUCCACCAGAAUGUCCAGAGCCCCUCACCCCAUCUUCGCCCAGGAAUCCACUGGAAUGUCCGGAACACCCUCACCGACACCCCCUGCCCCUCUCCCUCACGCCCAAGGUGAUUUUUAUCAGUAUAAAGGGGUCUUGACACCCUCUUUUGGGGGCCACGGGGUGGAGAGAUGCGAGUCCUCCGUGGCCGCCGGCAAUAAAGACCCUGCAAUUUGGCAUGCUUUUGUCUUGGUGCUGACUUUCUGUGCUCGGUCCUGUACAACAUAUGAAGGACUGACACAAAACAGAAGACAAUACAGUCUUCAAUACUGUAUACACAGUACCCAGGACAAAUCUCUCUACUUGGAAGGGGAGCCCAAUCCUUCUGCAGCCCCAACCUCCACCUUAGCACCCAGGAAAAUGCCCAAAAGCAUUUCAAUAUCCAAACAACUGGCUUCAAUAAAAGCUCUGAGGAAGUGCUCAGAUCUGGAAAAAGCCAUUGCCACCACUACUCUGAUUUUCAGAAACUCUUCUGACUCUGAUGGUAAACUUGAAAAAGCUGCUGCCAAAAAUUUGCUGCAAACCCAAUUUAGGAAUUUCACAGAGGGACAAGAAACCAAGCCAAAAUACAGAGACAUCUUUUCUGAACUUGAUGAGCACACAAAAGAUAAGCUAGAUUUUGAAGGCUUCAUGAUCUUUCUCUUAAGUAUCACUCUCAUGUCAGAUCUGUUACAAAAUAUAUGGAGUGUAAAAAUUAUGAAAUAAACAGUUUAAAAUAUGUUGUAUAAAAUAAUGGCAAAAGACAGUGUUAUUAAAAUGUUUCCAUCUUAUUUUUAAAUAAUUGACUAUAUCGAUCAUGCAUCUGUAAUUGCCUAGGAUGCUUCUUGCUGGUAUUCAAAUCCAAUGUAACUCUAAAAAUUUAUGCAUAUACUUCAGGAAUGUUUGAAUGAUAAGGUCUCUGUGCGCUUUACAAUAUGAUAUUUGACACCACUGAAUACUAAAUUGCUUUUGCUGAGUCAGUGGUGACCUAGAGCACUCUACUUAUAGUCACUGAGUCCCUCAUUUAUUCACUAAACAUUUGUUGAGCAUCUACCUGAUGGUACUGCUGAGGAUACAGUAACGCAUUGGCCAGACAAUUCCUUCCUUCAGGCAUGCUUGCAGAAGUGUAGCAGAAGAGAUGAACAUUAAACAAUUUUUAAUUAACUGCAUACGCAGUAUACAUAGAAUUGAAAUAAGGACUAUAGAUGCCAAAAGAGAUUACCACCUGAUCUGAGUUCAAAGGUCAGAGAAGCUUUACUGACAUUCCAUAAAAAGCAAAA